UAUUCAAGGGAGCCUUUUUGCGUGGCAGGGAGCCAUGUAACCGAAAUAAAUUUGUCUUUUCGUUGUAACGACAGGAGAUAGCAUUAAACACGACUAAAGCAGACGAAAGAGAAUUAUAAAAAAGAAACUUAAUCAAGUGAACGUAUUUAUUUUAUUUGUUAUUUUUGCUUAGAGUAAUUCAGAGCGCUUGUUAUAAUCAAUUAUCUCGGAUGUUUUAAUGUUCCGCUGCAGCUUGCUCUUCCCCUCCACCAGUGUCGCCGGCCUUUUACGAUUUAUUAAUUUCUUAGAAACGAAUGAAACAUUUGAAACGUUGCUUAUUCACCACUGGCUAUCACUAGCUUCAAAUAAUGAUCAUCUCUAAGACCUCUAAGCAUGGAGUCCCCCGUGCGCAAGACAACACUUGCACUUACCCCUCCCCCACUUCCCAGCCAGCUGGAAGGGGCCCCGGGAAUUGUUCAAUGUGUCGGGAGAAGCUGCUCGCUGCUAGCAUCUGGGUGGUGGGAUCUUUGCCUAAGACACGCCCUCUCUUAGUCCACCGAAAAUAAAGUAUAUUAAGCGUAUUUAGAUGCUGUGUGCAAGAACUGACCUGAUUUUGAGAUAUGCCGCAUAAUUGCUAACAGACAAAUUCUUGUGAUCAAAAAAAUUAGGAGACAUGAUGCAAUGUUGCAGGUGUGUUAAUUAGUUAUUUAAAUUCGUUUAUUGGCUUUGAUUCCUAUUCAAGUUUCUCCUAACGUUAAUUAUCCUACAGCUAGCGCAACUUCCUUAAAAUAGACAACAAUAACAAUUUUCAUAUGAAAAACCCAACUUCCUUAUGCGCAGGUAAAAACAGUUUAAUUAUAGCCAAACACGUCGCAGCUUUACUUACUUUUACGUUCAUCAUGUUUAUUUACGUCUGGAAUUAAAUUCACCUGUUUUGUUUACACGCUUUGCGCUGGCAGGGGCCGGCCACAAAAUAGCGGAGGAAGCGAUUUUAACCAAUUACCGACGACAUUUAGCCUGCCAGAACUUGAUUGUAACGCUUAACUUGCAAAUCUCGGCGGCUUCUGAGCCUAAGCCAACUAUAAACAAAGCUAACCAAAAGUUAACUUUCGUGAUUUCAUUAGCACUUAAUCAAGCAAAGAAAACCAUAACGUGGAAACACUGAAACGCAAGUCGUGAGUCUGCAAGUUGCAAGGUGUCUUUCGAAGACAAAUGUCUUCUCGUGCUGGACCGCAGACAAACUCGUCAGACGUUCAGCACAGCGGUAUCCAACGGAUACCUUAAAUGAUUUUUCCACGCGAUUAUUUUACGUUUGGCACCUGCGUUGCACAACACAACUGAAAGUUAUAGACUCAGGAGUUUUUGAAGCAUCUGCGUAGGAAUAUAACAUUUAGUGGCGACAGAUCUUUUCUCAAACUUUAAACAGAUGCAAACAUUUCUGGAUAAGCUGUGGCGCAACUAACAAAACGGUAAACUUGGUUAAAAAAUGCGGCUGUUUGUCAUCACGAAAUUUUGCGCGCUUCUGAUUUUAUCACACUUGGCGCUUGACGCGAGAGCAGAAUGGAAGAAUCUUAUCGAAGUGAACGUGCCGGAAGGAAAGUUAGAAGACCCUGUUAUUUACAGUGAGUUUCCUUAUCCAACCGGUGAUGAAAAGUAUACGCUGUUAUACGCCCAGAAAGGAGAUUCGCUCUACGAAGUUGUCUUAUUCCAGGUCUCCGACAUAGGCGUCAUAACAACAGUCCAACCUCUGAUUUACGAGAAAGGAAAAGCAAACCAGUACGACUUAACGAUCGUCCGAAGAUCUUCCAAGAAGACAAACGGAGGACAGGCCGCCACUGUGCGGGUGACGGUGCAAGACGCGAAUAUCUUUCCGCCAGCUUUUCCUUUUAGUUUAUACAAUGGUACCAUCAAAGAAAAUUCGCCAGAAGGGACUGUAGUUCUGGGUUUGGAAAACUGCCACGCCGAAGACCGCGAUGAAUCCGGGAUAAAAACAUACAAAAUUAUCAAAGGGAACGAGAGGGGAUAUCUUAAAGUUGAAAAAUACGACGUGGGUGUGAAAAGUUUCUUGCGUUUGCUAGCGACAAACACGCCUAUCAAGCGAGGGAAAACCACACCCUUCAUUACGUUGGUCGUCGAAGCUGAAGACAUGAGGGUUCCGCCAUUAACAGCCCGUACAACCAUCGGCGUCAGGAUCGAAGAAGUGAACGACUACCCUCCUGUUUUUAACGAAAGCAGCUACGAGCGAGAAAUAAGUGAAGACACCCCGCUCAUGACAUCAAUUAUGAAGGUGCAAGCUACAGACAAAGACGAAGGAAUAAGUGGAGAGGUGUAUUAUUUCUUUCAGACUUUGUCAAGCUUUUUUACCAUUAAUGCCUUCACAGGAGAGAUAACUCUGGUUCGCGAGUUAGAUUACUCACAGAGCGCACAGCGCCUGCAUCAACUGACGGUAAGAGCACGUGACGCAGGAAUUCCCUUUAAGGAAACGUCAGCCACUGUUAAGAUCACUGUGGCUAAAGAUAUCCCUAACUAUCCUUUCCAAGCGUCCCCGAACUCCGAUCAACAAAACACUGCCCCUUCCUUCCCAGAAGCACCGUGCCACUUUACAAUUUACAAGUCAUUUCCGGUAAAGGCGAGUCUUGGCGCCAUCUAUGCGCGGGACGAUGAUCCACCAGGACCCAACAAGGAGCUGCGGUACUCUCUAGGCAGCUCCUCCAGUCAGUUUAGCCUCGACACUUACAGUGGUGUUUUGACAGUGAAUAAUGACCUUGCUGCACAGACAUACAGUUUGGUGGUGCGUGCGCAAGAUCAGGGUAGCCCUAAAAAAACCGCCGAGACCCAAGUGAAAAUCAAAGUGCAGAAUGUUGACGAUCCCUAUAACCAUCCUACCUUCAGUAAUCCCAUACAAGCUAUAACAGUUGCAGAGAAUACUGCGGUGGGUAAAUCUGUAUUUCGAGCUUCGGCGAACUCCGGCUCAAGCUCGAGCAAAGGUGUCGUAUACUCGGCAAUCUUCGGUUCCGCGAUGCCAUACUUCGAACUGGACGAGAAGACGGGGGUGUUGAAGACCGCCGCCCCACUGGACAGAGAAACACACUCAGAGUAUGAUUUGAUGAUAGAGGCGAGAAACGAAGAGAAAAUCCCCCGCCAUAGCCAUCUCUACCUCGUCAUACACAUAACAGAUGUGGACGAUUCCUACCCGGACUUCACCAAGCCAGUUUAUGACGCCAGCGUGCCUGAGCGUAACCCAGAAGGGACCUUUGUCACCGUAAUCCAUGCAAUAGAUCAAGACAGUGCUUCUAUCACUUACGACGUUUCCAGCUCGCCCGAAUUUAAAAUUGAAGCGAGCACAGGUGUAAUAAGAACGAAAAGAAAACUUGACAGAGCAACUGGCGACAGAAGAUUUCUAAUUUAUGUGACGGCAACGGACGGAGUAGGAAAGACCUCGAGCGCGAUCGUAAAUAUCGACGUCACCAGUGCUCAAGAUUCAGCUCCCAAAUUUAACUCGGAAUCGUACAAGGUUUCUGUGCGUGAAGGCCAGGGAAAGGUGCCGAACUUAUUGUGCAUCGCCGCGACCGGAAGUAACGGAGCAGUGAAAUAUUCAUUAAAAUCUGGUCCAGCAGACAAAUUUAAGAUCAACGAGAUCACAGGUAAGCGGCUGUUUGUCAUCACGAAAUUUUGCGCGCUUCUGAUUUUAUCACACUUGGCGCUUGACGCGAGAGCAGAAUGGAAGAAUCUUAUCGAAGUGAACGUGCCGGAAGGAAAGUUAGAAGACCCUGUUAUUUACAGUGAGUUUCCUUAUCCAACCGGUGAUGAAAAGUAUACGCUGUUAUACGCCCAGAAAGGAGAUUCGCUCUACGAAGUUGUCUUAUUCCAGGUCUCCGACAUAGGCGUCAUAACAACAGUCCAACCUCUGAUUUACGAGAAAGGAAAAGCAAACCAGUACGACUUAACGAUCGUCCGAAGAUCUUCCAAGAAGACAAACGGAGGACAGGCCGCCACUGUGCGGGUGACGGUGCAAGACGCGAAUAUCUUUCCGCCAGCUUUUCCUUUUAGUUUAUACAAUGGUACCAUCAAAGAAAAUUCGCCAGAAGGGACUGUAGUUCUGGGUUUGGAAAACUGCCACGCCGAAGACCGCGAUGAAUCCGGGAUAAAAACAUACAAAAUUAUCAAAGGGAACGAGAGGGGAUAUCUUAAAGUUGAAAAAUACGACGUGGGUGUGAAAAGUUUCUUGCGUUUGCUAGCGACAAACACGCCUAUCAAGCGAGGGAAAACCACACCCUUCAUUACGUUGGUCGUCGAAGCUGAAGACAUGAGGGUUCCGCCAUUAACAGCCCGUACAACCAUCGGCGUCAGGAUCGAAGAAGUGAACGACUACCCUCCUGUUUUUAACGAAAGCAGCUACGAGCGAGAAAUAAGUGAAGACACCCCGCUCAUGACAUCAAUUAUGAAGGUGCAAGCUACAGACAAAGACGAAGGAAUAAGUGGAGAGGUGUAUUAUUUCUUUCAGACUUUGUCAAGCUUUUUUACCAUUAAUGCCUUCACAGGAGAGAUAACUCUGGUUCGCGAGUUAGAUUACUCACAGAGCGCACAGCGCCUGCAUCAACUGACGGUAAGAGCACGUGACGCAGGAAUUCCCUUUAAGGAAACGUCAGCCACUGUUAAGAUCACUGUGGCUAAAGAUAUCCCUAACUAUCCUUUCCAAGCGUCCCCGAACUCCGAUCAACAAAACACUGCCCCUUCCUUCCCAGAAGCACCGUGCCACUUUACAAUUUACAAGUCAUUUCCGGUAAAGGCGAGUCUUGGCGCCAUCUAUGCGCGGGACGAUGAUCCACCAGGACCCAACAAGGAGCUGCGGUACUCUCUAGGCAGCUCCUCCAGUCAGUUUAGCCUCGACACUUACAGUGGUGUUUUGACAGUGAAUAAUGACCUUGCUGCACAGACAUACAGUUUGGUGGUGCGUGCGCAAGAUCAGGGUAGCCCUAAAAAAACCGCCGAGACCCAAGUGAAAAUCAAAGUGCAGAAUGUUGACGAUCCCUAUAACCAUCCUACCUUCAGUAAUCCCAUACAAGCUAUAACAGUUGCAGAGAAUACUGCGGUGGGUAAAUCUGUAUUUCGAGCUUCGGCGAACUCCGGCUCAAGCUCGAGCAAAGGUGUCGUAUACUCGGCAAUCUUCGGUUCCGCGAUGCCAUACUUCGAACUGGACGAGAAGACGGGGGUGUUGAAGACCGCCGCCCCACUGGACAGAGAAACACACUCAGAGUAUGAUUUGAUGAUAGAGGCGAGAAACGAAGAGAAAAUCCCCCGCCAUAGCCAUCUCUACCUCGUCAUACACAUAACAGAUGUGGACGAUUCCUACCCGGACUUCACCAAGCCAGUUUAUGACGCCAGCGUGCCUGAGCGUAACCCAGAAGGGACCUUUGUCACCGUAAUCCAUGCAAUAGAUCAAGACAGUGCUUCUAUCACUUACGACGUUUCCAGCUCGCCCGAAUUUAAAAUUGAAGCGAGCACAGGUGUAAUAAGAACGAAAAGAAAACUUGACAGAGCAACUGGCGACAGAAGAUUUCUAAUUUAUGUGACGGCAACGGACGGAGUAGGAAAGACCUCGAGCGCGAUCGUAAAUAUCGACGUCACCAGUGCUCAAGAUUCAGCUCCCAAAUUUAACUCGGAAUCGUACAAGGUUUCUGUGCGUGAAGGCCAGGGAAAGGUGCCGAACUUAUUGUGCAUCGCCGCGACCGGAAGUAACGGAGCAGUGAAAUAUUCAUUAAAAUCUGGUCCAGCAGACAAAUUUAAGAUCAACGAGAUCACAGGUAAGAAUUAACCAUUAUUCAGAACACUCGUAACGAUAUGCAAAGUUGAAAUAAGUAACAACAAUGCCGCUUUCUCGACUAGGUGAGCAUUGUUCGCACUAGCUACGUAAUAGCUUUUCAAUAAAUAGCGAGACGACUUGUUCACUCCAUUCGUGCUCGGUUUUCCACCCGGUUUUCUAGGGGAGCGCGGAUCUGGGAACGGCCCGGGUCGUUUAGUCCGCGGGGCAAUCAAUAUUCUCAGUUGUUAAAUAGAAUACGCAUAAGUGACAUUGCAGUGGCUUUUAAACUUUUUGCAGUUUAAUAACGCCUUUCCUGUAAGAGACAGAUUAUCAUACUGUUGAGUGGGAAGAUUUUUUUUCGGUUCAGGUUACGUAAUAGUUAUUCUUUUUGAUUCUAUUUAUUCCACACACUUCUUGUUUGUGACUCGCUUUGCACAGCACUUUUUCUCGAGUUUUCUCCUAUAGAAAUUUUUUUUCAGCAACCCUUCCCUCCCAGAAAAA